AUGAAACGCCCAUUUGGCUCAGCGCAGGUAUCCAUCCUGCUUCUUCUCGUGCUACUCCUAUACAAGACCUGCAAGGCAGUGUCCCUCCUAGAGUCCAUAAAGCACGACUUACAGAUCGUGAAUAAUCACAACUUCAACACAGUAGUUAACAAAUUUAGAAGCGAAAAGGUUUUCUCCGUUCUGUUUUUUCAAAAAACGAACAAGAAUAUAAAAGACGUAAUAAAAAAGUACAACGAUGUCGCAGCCAAGUUCAAAGGGAUCUUCACCCUGUGUAUAGCUGACUGUGAUGAAAAUCCGGGCCUGUGUGAAAGUGAAUUGUCCCUCUACGUCCCAGAUUAUAAAAGCACAAAUAAGCACCACUUGCUGAUAUACCCUAUAAACCCAAUGCCCAAAUUUAUAUUCAGUGAAGAAAUGAAUGAAGUGAAUUUAAAAAAAUACACCUACCUCAUUCCAUCCAAAAUUGAUGUCAUUAAAGACGAAAAGGAUUUUACUGUUUUCCUUUCCAAACAUGAAAAUAUGCCCAAGGUCCUUAUCUUCAGUAACAAGAAGAAACCCAAUUAUGUACUCAAUGCUCUAAGUAACAGCUUCAACAGAAAGCUAAUGUUCUGUUACAUUAACAACGAAUUGAAUGACCUUGUCCAGAAGUACAAUAUAAAAACCUUCCCCACUAUACUAAUUUUAAAAAAGAGCAAACUGGUAGAUACUUAUAAGGGUAAGCCCAACUUUCUUAGCAUGUUCGAUUGGCUAAAUGUCCAUUCAGAGACAUUUGUUCUCGGUGGAGGCUUCGACAUAUCUCCAGAUAAAACCGUAGACAAACCCUGGAAGUUCGAACUGGUCCCUAAGUUCACCAAAAUGUCACACGGAGACAUUUGCUUUAAGAAAGCGGACAAAGGACUCUGUCUCAUUUAUUUGAAAGAGGGGGACAAGUUAGAAAAAACAGAAAUCGACAUGCUCCUCUCGCUCAAGGAGAAGUUCAAGCCACACAUAGAUGGAAGAGGAAUCAACUUCCGAUACAUGUGGAUCGACAUCGCCACGGAGACCAACUUCCGGGCCCUGUUCGAAGUGAAGAAGUAUCCCUCCGUCGUCGUCUUCAACCCGUACAAGCGAAUUCGUUACGCAAAACUGAACGAAGAUUUGGUUGCCACGAAAGAAAAUGUUGAAAAACUUUUGGAAAAAAUAUCCGGAGGAGAUGCUAAAUUUACCAUGCUGAAGGGACAAACAUUGCCUGAGUUCAUUCAGGACGAUUCGGACCCCAAGGCGAACGAAAAAGACGAGUUAUAA